GGAAGUGGAACACGCUGCUGUUUACUGUCAUGGGUCGUGUAAUAACAAUUGUACUCAUCGCUGCUCGUCGUGUAAUUUGGAAACUUUGGCAAAUAUCAGGGUGAACACGGCUGAUACUGGUGCUGCGGUAAUUAAGCAGGCUGUUGGUGAGGCUCAAAGAAAGGCACAACGAGAAAAUCUAACAGACGCGGAAGUUAUUCAUGGAAAUGCAGCUACUGGCGAACAAGUUUGGGUAAAGCGCGAAGUUAAGUCUGGCGUUCCAAUUACUUACGAAGAAAUGAAAAAGAAUUGA